AUGGUAGCAUCAAGCUAUACCCUCGCUGCCACGGUAUGUGCACUUGCAGUCUCAUGGCUUGGCAUGCCCCUAGGCCGACGAGGCUGUAUAGUCCUUGGCGACAUGUUGGUCAUCAUUGGAGGAAUUCUCCAAGCCUCAUCUUGGUCCGUUCCUCAGAUUAUCGUUGGACGGGUGAUCUGUGCUGAGAUGAGUCUCACGGAAAAGGAGCGAGGGCCAGAGGUAGCAUUCCAGUGCAUAUUUCUUGUGAGUGGUUGUGCAUUCGCAUACUGGGUGGAUUUUGGCUUCACGCGCCUAGACAAUCAACUUUCAUGGCGCGUUCCCGUUGCGUUUCAAGCCGGCCUCGCCGCUGCUUCGGGCGUGGGGAUGUUUUUGCUGCCGGACACGCCUCGAUGGUAUUACGUUCGCGGUCGUCUAGAGGAAGGGGAUGAAGUCCUAUCUCGUCUUUACAACCGGCCUGUCUUGGAUUCCGAGGUCCAAACCAUGCGAGAGUCCAUCCUGGCAUCCCUUGAACUUGAGUCUGAGGAAACCAAAAGCUUGAAUGUGCUAGAUCUCUUUUGGGAUCGAACCAACUUGCGGGUGGGACGACGUUUGCGCAUUGCUUUCUUGAUCCUGUCUUUACAACAGAUGAUGGGGAUCAACGUGGCCGUUUACUACAGUGUCACUAUAUUUUCACAGAUUGGCCUCUCCUCUACGCUGUCCCAACUUCUCGCGGCUGUGAUGAACACUAUCUUCGCGAUCGGUUCCCUCUUCCUUCCUCCAACUAUUGAAGUAUUCGGAAGGAGGAAAAUACUGAUGUUCUCAGCUGGAGGUCUAACAAUGUGUCUCGGUGUUUUUGUCGCAAUGAUCGGAUCCCCGAAUCCUACACUGACAAAGCAAUGGGUUGCAGUCGCAGCAAUUAUUGUAUACAAUCUUAUAUUUGGAUAUGGAUGGAUCGGCGUUUGUUGGUUAUAUGGUCCCGAGAUCGCUCCGUUACAAUUCCGUCACAUCGGAGGUGCUGCUAGUGCAUUUGGCGAAUGGCUUUUCUGCUUUAUUACUGUUUUUGCGGGAGGUAUUGGGCUCGAGAAAGUUGGGUGGAAGUUGUGGCUUUGGUGCCUCCUUUCAUGCGCAGUGGCCGUGCCCUUUGUCUACUUCAUGUGCCCUGAGACGACGGGGAAGACACUCGAAGAAAUUGAUUUGUUGUUUCAAAAGGAGGGCGAAGCUCCUCGGACCAAUCUUCAUUCUCUCGACCAAUGUUCGAAUGAGAAAGAGGAGGUUCAUUAUUUCCACCAAGAGACUGCUCGCGUGUGA